AUGAUAGGGGGUUCCGGAAAUGGCAUUUCGAUUGCGUUGGCGCGAGAAGCGCGAUCAGGGCGAAUCUGUAUCAGAGCCAAUAGGAAAGUUGCGCCAAGGCGCCGAGCGACACUCUCCAACGCGCCUCGCACGCAGCACACGCCGCACGAUCGUCAUGUCCUUCGCCAUGGGUGCGUUCCAACCCGCGCACCUCGUCCAGACGCGCGCGCGCGUCGCGUCUCCCUCGUUCGUUCCCGCCCCGGCGUCGUCUCCGUCCGCGGAACGACAGUCGCACACAUCCAUCCAUCCGUGCCAACUGGCGUCUCGCGUAUUAACAUCAAUCAUCCCGUUCCGUCGCCGUCCAUCGUCUCCUCAGCCGCCGCGAGCACGUCGACCGCCGCGCUGACGACGACGCUCCGCAAGCAGAACGUCGCCUCCAAGCGCGGCGUCGCGCUCGUCCCGCGCGUCGCCGGGGUGAACGAGCUCGGGCAGAUCGCAGACGGCGCGUCGGGCGCCGUCGCGUUCCUCGCCGUCGCCGCCGGCGCCGCGGGGGUCUCGUUCGCGUCCUCCGCGGCGCUCGAGAAGCGCGUCGAGGAGGCGAUCGCGAAAGCUGAGAGCUACGGCAUCGACCUCACGGACUUGUACUACGACUUCGACGUCCCCGGGGACCAGUACCCUUUCGGCGAUGGGGAGGAAUGGAUGCCGAAGAGCUGGAAGCCGCCGAAAACCGGGGACAGCAAGUACCUCCCGACGAAGAUGCUGGGGCAGAUUCAGAUCAGGACGAACCAGUACGAGGCGAUUCAGGUGUGCAACGAGAAGGCGAUCGACAUCGCGGAUUUGUGCGUGCCGUUCGAGGACUACGAAGGCGAGUUCGACACGAACGCGAAGCGUCUGAACGAGAUGAGGAAGAGGAUCGAGGCGGCGAAGUGA